UCUGCCGUCACCCUCCCGGCGCAGAGCGGCACAGCAUUAGGAUGGCCAAUCUGGACACCUACCUGCGGCAGCCCUGGCACAUGGUGCACGGCAUUCCCAUGGUCAACGCCUUUGCCCAUGACUGGGAGCGGAUCGACAACUUCCAGAGCCGCCCCGAGGACAUCGUGGUGGUCACCUUCCCCAAAUCCGGCACCACCUGGGUCAGCGAGAUCGUGGACAUGAUCCUGCAAGGCGGCGACCCCGAGAAGUGCAAGCGGGACAUUAUCACCAAGAGGGUGCCCAUGCUGGAGUUCUCUGCCCCCGGGGAGAUGCCAGCAGGGACGGACCUGCUGGCCACCAUGCCCUCACCCCGUGUGGUGAAGACCCACCUGCCCACACAGAUCCUGCCCAAAUCCUUCUGGGAAAACCGCUGCAAGAUGGUCUACGUAGGGCGCAACGCCAAGGACGUGGCCGUCUCCUUCUACCACUUUGACCUGAUGAACAAGUUCGAGCCGCACCCUGGGACAUGGGCCCAGUACCUGGAGGAGUUCAUGGCUGGCAGAGGUGGGACAGGGCUUUUUCUGCUUCUCACACUGCUCCUCCCACGGAGUAGGCUGGGGGUUGCUGGCUUUUGUGGGAAGGUGGUGGUCUGGCCCACCGAUGCAAGUCACUGGAUCAAUAUGAAAGUGCUGCUGGAAGAGCUUGUUCUCCGGGGUCAUGAAGUGACUGUGCUGGUGCCCUCAAGCAAUCUGCUCAUCGACUACCAAGACACCUCCUCCCCCUUCACUUUUGAGGUCUUGCAAGUCCCCUUUACCCAGAAAACCCUGCAUGCUAUCAUGGACGACUUCCUCAAUUUCUGGAUGAAUGAGGUCUCUAAUCUCUCCCCCUGGGAGAUCAUGUGGAGGACGAAAAAGGACCUGGAGGUCUUUACCAAUAUGUCAAAGCAGAUCUGUGACACCUUGGUGAUGAACCCUCAGCUGAUAGCAAAGCUGCAGCAAGCCAAGUUUGAUGUUUUGGUUGCUGAUCCCCUGUCUGUAGGCGGGGAGCUUGUAGCAGAAAUCCUAGCAAUCCCUUUUGUCUACAGCUUCCGCUUCUCAGAUGGGAAUGUGGUAGAGAAGCUGUGCGGUGGGCUCCCGUCCCCACCUUCUUAUGUGCCUGCUAGCACAAGGGGACUGACAGAUCAGAUGUCCUUCGUGGAAAGGCUACAGAACUUCCUCUUUUACUUUUACACGGAUCUAUUUUUCUUGAAGUUUUGGCAAGACGAAUGGGAUGGGUACUACAGUAAUGUCUUAGGAAGGCCCACAACCCUGUGUGAGACGAUGGGGAAAGCAGAGAUAUGGUUAAUCAGAACAUACUGGGAUUUUGAAUUUCCACGGCCUUUCCUGCCCAAUUUUGAGUUUGUUGGAGGACUUCAUUGCCAGCCUGCAAAGCCAUUACCAAAGGAAAUGGAAGAAUUUGUUCAGAGCUCAGGGAAACAUGGCAUCGUGGUAUUCUCUCUUGGGUCGAUGGUCUACAACCUAACUGAUGAAAAAAGUAAUGUGAUUGCCAGAGCCCUCAGCCAGCUUCCACAAAAGGUCCUCUGGCGGUACAAAGGAAAAAAACCAGAAACUUUGGGCUCCAACACCAGGCUUUAUGACUGGAUACCCCAAAAUGACCUGCUUGGCCACCCCAUGACAAAGGCCUUUAUUACUCAUGGUGGGACCAAUGGGAUCUAUGAAGCUAUCUACCACGGGAUCCCAAUGGUUGGGAUUCCCAUGUUUGCCGACCAGCAUGACAACAUUGCUCACAUGAGGGCAAAGGGAGCUGCAGUUGAGCUGGAUUUCAGCACACUGAAGACGCAGGACCUAGUCGAUGCAUUGAACACAGUCAUUAACAAUUCCACCUAUAAGGAAAAUGCUCUAAGGUUAUCCAAGAUACACCAUGACCAGCCAGUUAAGCCGCUGGACAGAGCUGUCUUCUGGAUUGAAUUUGUCAUGCGUCACAAAGGAGCAAAGCACUUGAGACCAGCUGCUCACCAUCUCACCUGGUACCAGUACCACUGCCUGGAUGUUCUGGCAUUCUUGUUCACCAGUACAGCCAUUGCUGUCCUCACUCUUGUCAAGUGCUGCUUAUUUUGCUGUAGGACAUGUAGCAGGAUUGCAAAGAGGAAGAAAGAAUAGACAUCCUGUUCCCAUCAGCAGUUUUUCUUCUCCUA